AUGACUCAGCCUCAGGCCCCAGGCUGCCCAGCCGGUCCGACCGGCCAGGGAUGCAAAGGGGCCGCCCGCCCGCGGGGUGACGGGAAAGGAGGCGGGCCGUGGGCGCGGCGCGCUCAGCCAGGCUCCCAGGCGGCGGGCAGCGAGGAUGCGAGCGGGACCCCACGGCGGCCCGCAGCCCCAGGAGCCCCGCUGAAGCCGGCCACGGCGACCCGGCGACCCGAGCACUCGCGACAUGGGCCUGCACUUCGAAUGAGCCAACCCAGGGCCCUGACUGUCCCCACAGGUGCCCUGAGCGUGGGGGACUUCCGGAAGGUUCUGAUGAAGACGGGCCUGGUGCUGGUGGUGCUGGGCCACGUGAGCUUCGUCACAGCUGCGCUGCUCCAUGGCACGGUGCUGCGCCACGUGGCCGCCCCCCACGAUGCCGUGGCUCUGCAGUACUGCGUGGUCAACAUUCUGUCAGUCACCUGUGCCAUUGCGGUCAUCACAGCUGGCAUUGCAGCUAUCGUGUUGUCACGCUACCUCCCCAGCACCCCUCUGCGCUGGGCAGCAUUCAGCUCCAGUGUGACCUGCGCUCUCCUCUCUCUGACCUGCGCCCUGGGCCUCCUGGCCUCCAUCGCCGUGACCUUUGCCACCCAGGGCCGAGCCCUGCUGGCUGCCUGCACUUUUGGGAAGCCUGAAGUACUGGCACUGUCCCCCGAUUGUCCCUUUGAUCCCACACGCAUUUACAGCUCCAGCCUGUGCCUCUGGGGUAUUGCACUCAUCCUGUGUGUGGCUGAGAGCGUGUUUGCCGUGCGCUGCUCUCAGCUCACCCACCAACUGCUAGAACUGAAGCCCUGGUGGGGGAGAAGCAGACACUAUGCGGUGCAGGAGAACGUGGAGCCCACCGAGGGCCAGGAUCUGCUGAGCAGUACCCCGUCUGUGCCUCUGACCCUCUGA